AAGCGCGCGCUGACGUCGCGCUGACGUCACCGCACCUCUUCUCCCGUUAUGCGCGCGCGAAAGUAGCGGAGUGAAAUCUACGAGCUAACGCUGAUCAAACCGAACAGAAACUCUCCCUAAUCUUCAAACAUCUGCAAAUACUAUGGCGGACCCAAAGGAGGCAAAAGAUGAUCAUGAUGCUCCCACAGAAAAUGUAGAGGACGCCAACCAUGACCCUCAUUUUGAACCCAUUGUCUCACUACCUGAGCAGGAUGUCAAGACCCUUGAGGAAGAUGAGGAAGAACUUUUCAAGAUGAGGGCAAAGCUGUAUCGUUUUGCCAGUGAGAAUGAUCCCCCAGAGUGGAAGGAGCGUGGGACGGGUGAUGUCAAACUCCUGCGACACAAAGAGAAGGGUUCAAUCCGCCUUCUCAUGAGGAGAGACCGUACCCUCAAAAUCUGUGCCAACCAUCACAUUAUGCCGUUGAUGGAGCUGAAGCCCAAUGCAGGCAGCGACAGGGCCUGGGUGUGGAAUACACUUGCUGACUUUGCAGAUGAAAAACCCAAACCAGAACUUCUGGCUAUUCGGUUCCUCAAUGCAGAGAAUGCACAGAAGUUCAAGAUGAAGUUUGAUGAAUGCAAAGAAGAGGUCAGAAAGUUCCUAGAAGGUAGCAUGAACAGUGCUAACAAAGUUGCGGAGAAGCUGGAGGAGCUGUCUGUGAAUGAUGACAAGACAAAGAGUUCAGGGGACAAGAAAGAAGAGGUGAAGGAAGAGAAGAAAGAGGAGAAGGCUGGUGAGGAGGAGAAGAAAUGAGCCCAGGAACGUAGCUUCAUACGGAUCCUCCACUUGCCAUUUUCCCCUUUUCUACAACAGACUCUGAAAAUGAAAAAUUGGACACUUGUUUUCUUUUUGGCCUCGACUUCACAAGACCUUGGUGCCACUCUUAAUGCAUCCAUUUCUCAAUCAUUAAGAUGUUGUGAGCUUUUGUCCCAUUCACAAACUUUCAUAUUGCCCUUCAUUUUCCCAUACAUUGUGGACCAGUCAGCAGUCAUCAUGUAUUUGUGUAUUUACAUGACAUGCUAUGAUACAAGGCUUGUGCUAUUGAUUGAUUCCCACAUUGGGUAACCUCUUUUGUUGUUUUUCUUUUGUACUUUAAAGAGUUAUAUUGCGAGUGUCUAGAUGAGCACUGUCUGAUAAGAGAGCGGGCUGUAUGAGUUGAUAGGGAGAAUGAGUAUCUGAGAUCUUUGACUUUUCCUUACAAUAAAGUCACACGAGGAACAUUUGACUUCUCUGUGGCUUGAAUUUACUAUUGAAUGGCUAAAAUGACUCAUUUUUCUGUGGAGGGCUGCAUCUGGCAAAAAAAAAAGUCAGCUCUGUCACGAAUAACUGAAGUAAGUUUUCAACCUGUUAUGAGUGUGACCCUCUUCUGUUUGAAAUGGUAAUCAAGAAAAUAAAAAAGUGGUUAACUGUCAAUUGAUUGUGGCAACAAGGAUUUAAAAUGUUGAGGGACCUGUGUUGUGAUAAUGCACAAUAAAUGCUUCUUUUUUUAAAUAUAGGAAGAUAAAUGAAAUAAAUAGGUACUGUAUCACUAAAUAUGGUUUUCAUUCCAUAAGGGUUAACUUAAAUUCCAAGAAACAGCACUGAUCGAGAUUUACAAGGGCAUACCUGAGGUUUAUCGUAUGGAAUCUUAUAAUGAUUGCAUGCACAAUACUUUUGGCUCUUAGACAUUGUUUUGCUUUUAUUUAUUUUUUAUUUUGAAUGUAUGUUUUAGGAAUUGAGAUUUUGAUAUUGUGUUUGAUGAACAGCAAAAGUUCAACAUUCCUGGUUUUUGAGCAUUUUUGAUAAAAGCAGCAGUCCCUUAAAUUACGUUUGGCAUUUGAUGAUUGACUUGAGAUCUCACAUUUUAUUGUGGUGACUAAUUAUAAAUCAUGUAAAAGGGUUGUGAUCAAACCAAAUUAAAGACUGAUGCUUUGUCAUA